ACCUGGGCGUUCUCAGCCCAUGUAGCGAGGUCAAGGUCCUGGGAGCCGAACUCUCCCUUGAUGUUCAAUCUUUUUAAAUCUUUCCCAGCCUCUACUUCUCAUCUGCAAAAUGACGAUAAUCGCAUUUGAAAUUCUCCGUUUCAAAAUGCAGGGAUUUAUUAAAGGAUACGUAGGCUGGGGAAACAAGGGAGACGAAAGAUCUAAAUCUAAAUGGUAGACCAGAAAAAGGAAGGCAAGGGUGUCUGGAAACACAAAACAGUCAACAUAGAUUUUAAGACUCAUCUAUACUCUUUUCUUCCCGGGUUUGGGAGCUGCGGUUGCUACACAGGUCACAUUUGAAAUAAAAGUCCUGGGACUGCGGCUGGCGCGACACUUUCCCCCGCACAGCGCAGGCUCUCACUGGGAAUCUGCCGGGAACGCAGUUGCCAAGACGACUCCGCGCGGCAGGGCGAGGCGGCCAUCCGUCUGUGCCCGCCCCCUCACGCCGUGACGCGCACUCACGCUUCCCCGCCUCCGGGCGCUCCGCGGUGCCGACCAUUGGCUGGCCCUGCAGGUCUCACUAUCCUCACUCCAUCCGCGGAGCAAAUGGCUGGGACCGCCAGGAGCUCGUUCGCGCGAGUCACACGAUGUCGGCAACUGCACAGACCAAUCACCGUGCCGAGAAGGCGGGGCGGGAGCCCUCGCAGGCCAAUAACGACAGGACGGACCGCCUGGCCCACCCGGCUCCACCCCCCAGCCAGGCGAGGCAGGUUCCGAGGCUGGAACACCUGGCGAGUCCUCGGUGUCGGUGGCCGGCAGUCAUCUCGCGGCCGUUCAGAAUUAUAAGGCUGUCUGCAGAGAUUUGAAAAAUGGCAACAAAUGAAAGUGUCAGCAUCUUUAGUUCAGCAUCCUUGGCUGUGGAAUAUGUAGAUUCACUUUUACCUGAGAAUCCUCUGCAAGAACCAUUUAAAAAUGCUUGGAACUAUAUGUUGAAUAAUUAUACAAAGUUCCAGAUUGCAACAUGGGGAUCCCUUAUAGUUCAUGAAGCCCUUUAUUUCUUGUUCUGUUUACCUGGAUUUUUAUUUCAAUUUAUACCUUAUAUGAAAAAAUACAAAAUUCAAAAGGAUAAGCCAGAGACAUGGGAAAACCAAUGGAAGUGUUUCAAAGUUCUUCUCUUUAAUCACUUCUGUAUCCAGCUGCCUUUGAUUUGUGGAACCUAUUAUUUUACAGAGUAUUUCAAUAUUCCUUAUGAUUGGGAAAGAAUGCCAAGAUGGUAUUUUCUUUUGGCAAGAUGCUUUGGUUGUGCAGUCAUUGAAGAUACGUGGCACUAUUUUCUGCAUAGACUCUUACACCACAAAAGAAUAUACAAGUAUAUUCAUAAAGUUCAUCAUGAGUUUCAGGCUCCAUUUGGAAUGGAAGCUGAAUAUGCACAUCCUUUGGAGACUCUAAUUCUUGGAACUGGAUUUUUCAUUGGAAUCGUGCUUUUGUGUGAUCAUGUAAUUCUUCUUUGGGCAUGGGUGACCAUUCGUUUAUUAGAAACUAUUGACGUCCAUAGUGGUUAUGAUAUUCCUCUCAACCCUUUAAAUCUGAUCCCUUUCUAUGCUGGUUCUCGGCAUCACGAUUUCCACCACAUGAACUUCAUUGGAAACUAUGCUUCAACAUUUACAUGGUGGGAUCGAAUUUUUGGAACAGACUCUCAGUAUAAUGCCUAUAAUGAAAAGAGGAAGAAGUUUGAGAAAAAGACUGAAUAAAUAUCUCACGUAAACCUUCCUGAAAGAUAAACGUUUUCCUGAAUUCAGAAACUAGUAGCUAACAUUGCUUCUGGAGAGCAGAAAUAAGCAUGUCUUCUGGCUACUAAGUGAUAAAAAGAACAUUAACAACCUUUAAUUACCUUCCUAGUGGGAACUUUUUCUACUUUACCUACAAGUUCUAUAUAUGUAGAAAUGAAUAAAUAUAUAUUUAAGUACAGUUUUCAUGAGGAAGUUUUAAAAGGCCAUGUUCCUAAGCUUCCAAGAAGGUUUUGGAUACUAGAAGUAUUAAUCUGUGGCUUUUCUCCCAGUAAAACCAUAGGCCUGAAGUUACAUUGGUCUUUAAAUCUUUUAGAUAUAUACUGGUCAUUUCAGAAAAUUCUUCAUAGUGGUAUUGGCCUUAUAUUUAGCUUUUUUUUUAUUUUUUUUUAUUUUUUUGAGACAAAGCCACACUCUGUCUCCUAGGCUGGAGUGUAGUGGCACAGUCUCAGCUCACUGCAACCUCUGCCUCCCAGUUCAAGCAAUUCUUCUGCCUCAGCCUCCCAAGUAGCUGGGAUUACAGGCACCUGCCACCACACCCAGCUAAUUUUUGUAUUUUUGUAGAGAUGGGGUUUCACGAUGUUGGCCAGGCUGGUCUCGAACUUCUGACCUCAAGUGAUCUGCCCACCUUGGCCUCCCAAAGUGCUGGGAUUACAGGUGUAAGCCACUGCGCCCAGCCUUUUUAACUUUAAACAUGUUUUAGAAUUUGCCUAAAGAUCAAAAUAUCAUGGAUUGAACCUCAUCAAUUGAUAGCAGUGAGUGACUGAAGCUUCCAAAUCAAGAAAAGCCAGCACCAAGAACUUCCAUUCUAAUCUAGAGCUGACCAGUUUGAGCUGAUUCUCUCUUUGAAGAGUCCUUGAUUGCAGUGCAGUACUGGCAUUUCUGAAUGGAUGUAAGUGGAGUAUUUUAGUCUAAAGGCUUUUCAAAUUACUUGAAUUUUUUUAAAAAUUGAGGAGCUUUAUUUCUAUUUACCCUUCCAUUUUUGUAUAUCAAAUUUCCAUUGUCAUUAAAAACUGUAUCUUGAAACUUUGUGAACUGACUUGCUGUAUUUGCACUUUGAGCUCUUGAAAUAAAUGUGAUUUUUGUGUGAUUAUCUGGUUUCCAGUUUUAAACAUUAACUGUCAUCUUUUAUUCUUAAACUUGAAAGUACAGAAAUCAUUAAAUUAUUAAGUUGUACAAUAAAA